AUGGGCUGUACCUGUCCUUUAGGGGAAGCAAGUCAUACUGGGGAAGAAACCCUUCUUCGUGAAACUGAACAGUCUUUAGGCUUCACAAAAAUUCAUUCUGGAAUAUACAACAGAAUUAUCAGUGAUAACUCCAACGGUAGCCUAAUUACAGAAGAAAAAUUAAUAGAAGCCUAUGCAUCUUUAAGCCUGAGUACUGAAUUUCUAGACAGUAAAUUGAUUCCAAGUCACUAUUUUUAUAAAUAUCUGAGGGCUGGGAAAAGGGAUUAUAAUAUAAGUACCUUGGUUUGUGCAGCUAUAUUACUAGGAGAUGCCGAAGAUGCACAAAAAAUCCAAGUUCUGUUUAAAAACUACGACCGAACUGAUGAAGAAAAAUUAGAAAACGAUGAUAUUGAUAACUUGGUUGGCGAUAUGAUAAAAGUAACUAAUGCUAUUAUAGAAGUGGCCAAAAAAAUGAACCCAAACCAAAUUUUGCUUUUAGAAAGUUACAGGAUAGUUCUUAACAGUGGGAAAGAGCAGCUGGGAAAAUACUUAAAUUUCAUUCUUUCUAAGACGAAUAAGGAAGAAAAUAUUAGUUUGGAAGGGCUGGUUGGAGCUUUUAAUGACCCGAUUCUGAGAAAAGCACUCAAUGCGAAAGGAUUAAGAGAAGUCCUGGUUCAAUCAAGCGCUAUAGGCCCUUAA